AUGAACGCCUUCCUCCGAAUGAUCUCCGAGGCGGACCAGAGCGCCAUCGAUCACCUCGUCAGGGAGUGGGAGAAGCAGGUGCGCGAGCUCGCCUAUGACGCCGAGGACUGCGCCGACACCUACUGGCUCCGCGUCAGGCGCCCGAUGGCGCCCCCCCAGCUGCCUCACAUUAUCGUGAAAUGGCCCAAGUACCAGCUGGAGAAGCUGCUGCUGCGACGCACCCUCGCCGCCUACGUCAAGGCCCUUCUGGCACGUACCACCACCGUCAGCGAGCGCCGCGUUCACUACGGCAACGACCGGGCGGCGCUACCCAGGUCUCCGUGGCUCGCCCCGGUCUCGGCGGCGGCGUCUGUGUCCGCGAAUGCCCUCGGCCGUGAUGACCCUGAUGAUCAGUUCGUCGGCAUCAGGGAACAGGUCGACACCUUGGCGGAGAGGAUCAAAGCCGACGAUGAUGACAGAAGCCUCAAGGUGUUCUCCAUCGUGGGGUCCGGAGGGCUGGGGAAGACAACUCUGGCGGUGGAGCUGUGCCGGCAGCUGGAGGCCGACUUCCAGCGCCAGGCGCUGGUGUCCGUCUCACAGGCGUUCGAUGGCGGGAAGGACAUGAAGGGACUGAUGGCGACUGUUCAAGCAGAUUGUGAACCUGAAAGAAGAUGGUAUCUCAUUGUGAUCGAUGAUGUAUGGAGCAUACCAGCAUGGGAAGCUAUCCGCGUCAGAUUGCCAGAGAACAAAUGCAGCAGCAGAAUAAUUGUGACGACUCGGAUAGAGACAGUGGCCAAAGCAAGUAGUGUUUCAAAGGAUCUUGUCCAUCAUAUAAAGCCACUGGACUUAGAUGACAGUAAGAAGCUAUUCGUCAAGAGAGUAUUUGGCUCCAUGGGUGGUACUUGCCCUGACGGAUUGAAAGAUAUCAUGGACAGUAUUUUGAAGAAAUGUGGUGGGUUGCCAUUGGCUAUUGUUAGUAUAGCCAGCCUUCUAGCAAGCUACAAUUCAGCUGAGAGUGUAGAAAUGUGGAUAAAAGUGUCCAACUCAAUUAGUUCUCAGAUGGAGAGCCACCCCACCCUGGAGGGGAUGAGGCAAAUGAUUACACUAAGCUAUGACUACUUGCCUCAUCAUCUAAAGGCUUGCAUGAUGUAUCUUAGCACUUUCCCUGAGGAUUAUGUGAUUGCCAAGGAUAGGUUGUUGUACAGAUGGAUUGCCGAAGGUUUGGUUGCUGAGAAGCGGGGUUUGACUUUGUUUGAUGUUGCAGAAGAGUACCUCAAUGAGCUGAUAAGCAGGAACAUGAUUCAACCAGACAAGCUGCGGGUAACCAGAAAAACCUUACAGGCAGAAAUGGGCGAAGCAUGCCGGGUGCACGAUAUGAUGCUUGAGGUCAUGGUGUCCAAAUCCCAAGAUGCCAACUUUGUUAGCUUGGUAGGACGGCAAUACGGAGGAAGAUCGCCAUGCGGCAAAGUUCGCCGCCUCUCAGUCCAUGCCAAUGACGACAACGAGCGCGUUAGUCAGAACAAGGGAGUGGAGCAACGAUAUCAUGCGAGACAUGGCAUUGAGGCGAUGAACCUACAACAAGUUCGAUCGCUGACUAUAUUUCAGUCGGAAGGCCUUGAGAAGCUGUUGAAUCGACUAGGCGAGUUCAAGUUGCUGAGGGUACUUGACCUGGAAGACUGCAAGGCUCUGCAAGACAAGCAUAUGAGAUAUGUCUGUCGGUUGUAUCUUCUCAGGUUCUUGAGAUUGACGGGUACACGAAUCAGUGAGAUGCCUAGCGAAAUCGGUGACCUGGAGUAUUUGGAGAGUCUGGAUGUUGGAAGUAGGAUGUACAUGCUGCCAACCGUGACGAAGCUGCAUAGACUUGAGCGCCUGAGGGUGCCUUGGUGGACUUUGCCAUGGGGGCUAGGGAACAUGAAGGCAUUGCGCGAGGUGGAUUGGGCCCAACUCAAAGGUGACGUUCAGGUUGCGCGAGAGAUAGGUGAGCUGCAACAGUUGCAGGUGCUAUAUAUUACUGUGGUUGAGGAGCCCGAAGAGGAGUUUUCAGGUGUGCUUUGCUCCUCCCUGAGCAAGACAUGCGCCCUCCGAUCGCUCCACCUGUAUUCUGGCAGGACACUGGACUCUCUCCUUCACGUCUCCUCACCGCCACCACUCCUCCAGCAUCUUACUAUGAUGGGGCCCAUUAGUCAAUUUCCUGAUUGGAUCUCAUCACUCAAGCACCUUGCAGAAUUUUCGGUGGAAUGGGCCAAGCUUGCUGCUGACCAGCUGCUUUAUUCCUUGUGUAAGUUUCCCAGCCUGCAGAGCAUCCGACUGGGGAUGCGGAGCUGCAGAGACCGAGAACUGGUUGCACGCACCACACACAGUUUUCGAGCGCUGAGGAUCCUGGAUUUGUACCUCGCUGGAGAACAUCCCGAAGUAGUCGAAUUUGAGCAAGGAUCAAUGACAAAGCUGGAGACGCUUCUAUUGAAGUUCUCUGACAAGGAGAGGAGAGUUGUCGGCAUCGACAACUUGAAGAGCCUUAAAGAGGUGAAGCUCAGUGGUUGGGAAAAUAACCCAUCACUGCAACGCGCACUGCAGCAGCUCAAGGAGGAGAACAAGAAUCGCCCUGAGUCCAGCCAGAUCAAAGUUGUAGUGCAGUAUGGGUGA